CAGUGAUUUAAAGGGUUUGGGGAAAGAGAAACUAGGUCAUAAACAAACUCAAUUCCCUUCAACCACAAAGUUAACAGAAGAGAGGGAAUAUGGGACAACACUCUUGCUGCAAUCAACAGAAGGUUAAGAGAGGCCUUUGGUCACCUGAAGAAGAUGAAAAACUCAUUAGAUACAUCACCUCUCAUGGCUAUGGUUGCUGGAGUGAAGUCCCUGAGAAAGCUGGGCUUCAAAGAUGUGGUAAGAGUUGCCGGUUGAGAUGGAUCAACUACUUGAGACCUGAUAUAAGAAGAGGGAGGUUUACUCCUGAGGAGGAGAGGUUGAUUAUCAGCCUUCAUGGGGCUGUUGGCAACAGAUGGGCUCACAUAGCCAGUCACCUACCUGGGAGAACAGACAAUGAAAUCAAGAACUAUUGGAAUUCUUGGAUCAAAAAGAAGAUCCGAAAGCCUCCAGCAACUAACAAACCUUGUUCCGAUCAGCAUUCCCAACUAGGUUACACCGUCAACCGAGCAGACAAUUUCUUCAAUCAAGACUUAGUCAUGACAAAGCCUCCCUUUCAAGACGCUAUGUUUUCUUCUUCUCCAAACCCUAAUUUGUUCAUGUUUGACACUGGUAACGAAAGAGCCGAACUUUUCCACGAGCCGGUAGGGUUGAGUUCUGAGACUUGGGUUAUGAACCAAGAACAAGGUCAAGCAUGUCCUCCUAUGGCUUCUUUUACGACUACGAUGGACUCAAAUUACUUGUCGUCGUUGGUAGAGAACAUCGAAGGAAUGGUGACAAUGGAAGUGCAGUCUUGCAGUGUCAAUAAUGAGGGAAGAGAGAUGGGGUUGGAGUGCUUACAGAGACAGGAGGAGUUGAAUGAAUGGGUUAUUGAAUCCCAACAGUGCCCUAGUUUUCUGUUUUGGGACCAUGCUGAAGGAUCACUAGGCGGGGAUGAAAUUGCACCUACUUCAUCAAACUUGGGAACUAUUCUUUCUUCUUACCCUUCAUCUUUAUGAGAUGCUAAUGCCACGGCAUCUUCUGUCACAAAUUUUUCUGCAUUCUCUAUAGAUUUAUGUCUCGAGAUUUGUGUAUAUUGAGAUUUUUAUAUGAUCUAAUGAUUGAGUGUUUUGUUUGUCA